GAUCUCCAAUAUGGUAACAAAAUCUCCAAAAUCAAAGUCUGCUCUCGCGUGUGGGGGUGGACAAACACUGACUGACAGAGGGGGAGAAAGAGAGAGGGCUCGCGCUCCCUCCCACCGCUCGUGCGCACCGACUGUGACUGCGCUCCGUCUCUCCUACACUCAAACAUGGCGAAACUCUUUGCCAUCAUACCACCACCAUCACCCUUAUCCUCCUCAUCGCUAUCACCAUCACCACCACCGUCCUUAUCUUCACCAUCAUCACCGUUAUCUCCGGUAGCGUGAUGACCCGGGAGGAUGGAGAAGUUGUCGGCGAGCCUAUCGGAGAUCACUUGGAGCCCGUUGGCGCUGCCGUUGGACGCGGUGGUCAGCAAGUUCCGUCUGCCCACUCUGGUCCGCCUGGCCCACGGUGAAUGUGUGGAGGGGCUGUCGGAGGAGGAUGUGGUGCUGUUACACUCCUGUCGUCAGUGGACCACAGUGACUGCCCACAGCUUAGAGGAGGGACACUACGUUAUUGGACCCAAGAUAGACAUCCCUCUGCAAUACCAGGGGAAGUUCAAGUUGUUGGAUGAAGACCGAGACGUCAGGGAUCCAGUCCAGUAUUUUUCCAGUGUGGAGGAAGUUGCUGGCAUCUUUCCUGACCGGGUCUUUGUCAUGGAGACGAUCACCUUCAGCGUCAAGGUGGUUUCAGGGGAGUUCAGUGAGGACAGUGAACCAUACAGCUUCACUCUGCAGGCUGGAGAUGAGCUGUCACUCAUGGGGAAGGCGGAGCUUCUCUGUGCCACGCCAUCCAAGGAGAAGACGGGUCUGAGCGCACUCUUGAGACGCCUGGGGAAGACUCCUAGAAGUAAAACUCCCUGCCUGGUCUGCAUGAACCAUCGCACCAACCAGAGCGUCAGCCUACCCUUUGGUUGCCGUGGACGCUUUUGCACACGCUCCCCUCUGGAGCAGGGCAUGCUGGGGGGGGAGCACACUGUACGCAGCAUCAUCGAGAGGGUUCGCCUCCCAGUUAAUGUGUCCGUGCCGUCACGACCACCACGAAACCCCUAUGACCGCCAUGCGGUCCGAGAGGGCCACCGCUACAAGCUGCUCAACAUCGUCAGCAAGACGGUGGUGCUGUGCAUGGUACUCCGCCGACAGGAAGUCUCCCCCUCCCACUUCCUGCUUCUGCGUUGCAUGCCCCGAUUCAACGUAGCCGAGGCCUCCGUUCACACGGCGGCUCUGGAGAGCCUCCUGUUGCGACACGCAUUUGACCCUGAUGCCUACUCUCGCGCUGUUAGAGAAACCCGGCCAGAGCUGGAGUGUAUGACAGAGGAGUGUGUGAGCCCGCGGCGCUCUCGCAUGUGUGUGUCGGGUCAGGACUCCUUGGCACCGGCACUGCAGCGCCUCUCCAUGUGCGGGUAUGGGGGUGGGGUAACGGACAGCCUAUCACAGCGCUGCAGGGACUCUCUUGGAGAGCGGCUGGGGGAGGGACCAGGUGAGGAGCGGGAGUAUGUGACUCCUGAGUGGACCGAUGCCGAAAUGAGGACCAGUGAGGAAAUCCCUUACGAGGAACUGUGGACCAAUCAGAACGCAGAGGGCUUGGGGAAGGAGCCAAAUCUCAUCUCCUUUCAUUCGUCUUCCUCACUGGACGGUUCUCUGGGUACCGUGGUGACAAGAGUGUCUACCCCGCCACCUGUACCUCCAAAAUCUGAUGCUGUGAGAGAGGAGUGCCGCUAUUUGAUCGCCCCUCCAGUUCCCCCCCGCUGCUCUAAAGGAGGCACCGUCUCCAGUCCGGUCCCCAGCCCUCCUGUCCCUCCUCGCUUUCCCAAAACCUCCACCUCCCCGAGACCCAACCUCUCCUUCUACUCCUCUGGACUUCAGGACAGCUGCUCGCCCUCUCCAGAUGCCUCCCUCUACUGUUACCCAUGCUCAUGGGCGGACUGCCCGGCCCCUAACCCUGCCAGUCCUGAGCCGGUCCCUGCCGCCCCCGCAGACAACACAGCCAAUCCUCAGCCAGCACAGGCCACCUGGGCAGAGCCGUGGGUCGAGUCCUUCACGUCCUCUGGACCUCGACUGAGGCCGCCACCUCCACAGAGUCGAUUUGCUCCCUUCGGGGCGCUGAACCCCUUCAACCGCCAGUCCCCCUGCCCCUCACCCGAGCCCACAGCCAAUCCCACGACAGAUUCCUCCAGAGGUGCAGAAGGUGGUGGGAUGUCAACAGGGGUCACAGAAGGGUUGUCCCCGCCCCCUGACCCCACCUGGCGGCCUCCUUCCGACCUGUCUGUGCUGUCACUGGAGGAGGUGUCGGCCUGCCUGCGGUUCAUCGGCCUUUCAGAGGCGGCAGUGGCCGUAUUCCAGCGGGAGCGCAUUGACGGCAGCCUUCUGGUGCAGCUGACCGAGGAAAUCCUGUCACAUGACUUCCACCUGAGCCGACUCCAUGUCACCAAGAUCACACAGUUCAUACAGGGCUGGAGGCCCAAGAUCUAACACACACACACAUACACACGCACACUGUCCUGAUAAUGUGCCUGUUGGCUCCUGAGCCAUCCUGAAUGUGCCUUCCACUGUGAGCAAGUGGCUGCUGAGCCCCACUGACUGAAGCCCAGACUCUGCUGAAGGAAACCACGCCACCCUGUGGUCACACUAAAGAACUGACACCAGACUGGCUCUCAUGCCAGGAGUCUCUGACUGUGUAGAUACUUCCUGUCUGAAUCACGGACUGGGACUAGUUUACUAACACAUGACGACAACAGACAGCAACGUGAAAAAAGUGUUCAGUUUGCAUUAGGGGCAAAUAGUCGACCACAAUACAUCCUCAUGCUUUGAGACAGAUGUUGGUUUUAAGCACUGCGUGGGUUUGUGAUCCUACAUAAAAUCUGAUGAGGGGAAAACAUGCCAACGUUCUGCAUAAAAAUAAAGGGGUUUAAUGUGAGUUUUUGCAAUAUAAAGCCUCUAUUGUUGACCAGCAGGACAUGUAACACUGAAUCGGUUUCCUACCUGAGUGUCUUGCACAGUGUUUUUCAUUUAGUUCUUCUUCAUCUGUGCUUGAGCUUCAGCGGCCUGUAAUUGGCAUGAAAUACAAUUGUUAGGAGAUAAGAAAUGACUGUUAAAAGCAAAAUAAAAAAAUGAAAAACGCAGAAAGUAUAAAAAUCAA